AUGGAGGUCUCAAAGUACAGCCAUCAGCGCCAAUCCUUACUUGAUGCCAUCCAUCGCUUCAACACAGCUACAACCAUAAUGGACGAAACUAUUAUGGUGCCUAGCAUGCUGCAGGACAUGAUUCCAGAGAGAGAGGAAAAUGAAGAUCAUUCCAAGUCUACAGAAAUUAUUGAGCACAAUAACCUGUAUGAUUCAUAUAUUCUACUUAAAUCUCUGAGACAUGAUAUGAAGUGGGGGAUCAAUCAAGCAUGCAAGUCUACAGAGGAGCAGUGUGCUGAGGAAGAAACUGGUGACCUCGUAGAACAAUUUCAACAUCACUUUCGGGGUCUCCUGUCUGUCCUUACGAAGCUCACCAAAAAGGCGAAUCUUCUGACCAAUUGUUACAAGAAGGAAAUUGAAGUUAACGCUUCAAGUAACAAACACUUUUCUAGAAGUAUCUCUUAUUAA